AUGAAUUCCAACGCCGUCGAAAACAACAUUGUGAACUUGGUUCAAGAUAUGAAUGUCGAAUUCUCUGAAAGGUUUGGUGUAGAUUGUGAGUAUGUCAGCAUUGCUGAAGCUCGCAGCGUUGCCGCGAAUUUCGGUAAAAAAGGGAACGUUGUUUUUGUUACUGUUCGCUCCAAUGCAAAAAAAUCCUACCUUGCUUUGGCUUGCAAGCACUUUGGUAAGUAUAAACCAGGAAAAAAGGUAGCAACUGAAGAUGAGCAACCAAAAGAUGCCGUUCCUUGGGAUUUUGAAGAAGACAGCUUAAAUAAAAAGAUGAUUAUCAGGGAUAUCCAAAGGAACGAGUGCCAAUGCUUUAUCAAGCUUGUUGCUUCCCCUUCUGGAAGACUGAAGUUCCCCGGAUCAUGCAAGUGA